GUUCAGUUCAGUGAGUAGUAGUUAUUCUUUUUCUCCAUUGAUCCGUUACUCCUCUGAAGUCUGAACUCUCUCAGUACUACCUCGCCCAUCAAUGGAGAUUGAGACGAAGAUAAAUUAUAUGGACCCUGUUAAAAUCGCCCUCAACUUGCUCUGCGUUUCCCUCCUUCAACCAAUGGAUAUGAUCAAGGUGAGGAUGCAACUAGGUCAAGGAUCAGGUGCGCAGAUCGCAUCCAACAUUCUCAAAACAGAAGGGGGUUAUGCCGCCUUUUAUAGGGGUCUAUCUGCUACACUAGUCCGGCUGCCUCUGCAUAGAGCUGUUAAAUUUGGAUCAUAUUCAAUUAUAGCAACUGCAGUAACCGAGGAUAAUGAUCGCAAACCCUUAUCACUUCGCCAGAAAGUUAUGAUUACCUCAACUGCUGUAACAAUGGGAUGGGCUUUUAGUAUCCCAACACAGCUGGCACAAGUUCGUAUGCAAGCUGAUGCAACUUUUCCCACCUCUCAGCGCCGAAAUUACACGAAUGUCUUCAAUGCGCUUCAUCGUGUUAUUGCAGAUGAAGGGGUUCAGGUGCUUUGGAGAGGUUCUGUGGCAGAAAUAGCAAGGCAGUCCGCACUAAUUACAGGGCUUAUUUCUGGUUAUCCUCCGAGUUUUAGGUACUUGAAGAAUUCCCUUGGUUUUGGAGAGACCACUAGUGCGAUUGGUGCCGGUGUUAUUUCUUCUUUCAUCGGAUGCGCUUUAAGUUUGCCAUUUGACUACGUUAGGACCCAGCUUCAGACUAUGCAACUUGAAAACAGGAGGACUUCCUAUGUUUUACUCCGGGUUCCAUUUCUACUAUUUCAGAUUUGCUGCUCUGACGAUGAUUUCAUGGUUUAUCACGAAACAGCUUCGUCGUUUGGAUGCAUCAAUCAGUGGAAAAAAGAUUACAAUAAAAGCUCGUUGAAGCGACGUUUGAGUUUGAGGUGGUUGUUAGUUAAUGCUGAGUUCAUGCAUUUUUAGCAUUUGAUAAUUUGCUCAGGAGCUCUGAGCCUAAUUGAUUGACUUCCAAUUCCAACCUUAUUUUGAUGGUGUGCAUUCACACCUGACGCUAAUAGUUCAACAACCAAGAUUAUAAACCAAUUCAUAGGGCUGCACAUGGAUCGGAUAAUAUCCGCAUAUCCGCGGUAAUUAUCCGCAUCCGAUCCGAAUUUUGCGGAUAUGAUCUGAUCCGCAGAGUCAUCGGAUCGGAUUGGAUCCGAUCCGCACUAUGGUCGGAUCGGAUUGCGGAUUCGGCAGUGAUAUCCGCAGAUCCGAUCCGCAAAUCCGCAUAUCCGCACAUCACAUAUAAAUAGCAUAGUUUAAGACAGUAAACCCUAAUGUGAUAUGAAUUUUAGUAUAUUAUUUUAUGAAUUUUAUGAUAUUUUGUUUUUAAUUUUUUAUGUUGUACUUCAACUUAGAAUAAGUAAACUUAAAUCUUGUGUUAUUAUUUUGUUUUUGUUAUUCAAAAGAACUAUUAUUGAUAAUAUUCUAGGAGUAAAUAGGCUUAAAUAGAUAAAAAAUGAAUUUUCUGGAUAUUUUUUUUGUAAAAAAGCCAAACAAAAUCUUAAAAUAAAAUUUUUUUAAUUAUGCGGAUAUACCCGAUAUCCGAUCCGAUCCGAUCCGCAAGUAUGCGGAUCGGAUCGGAUCGGAUCCGGCCUAAAAAAUUGCGGAUAUCGUAUCCGAUCCGAUCCGAUGAAUGCAGUGCGGAUCGGAUAGAAUUUUAGGCCAUAUCCGAUCCGAUCCGAUCCGUGUGCAGCCCUACCAAUUCAUGCAGUGACUUUGUGAAUCAUAAUUACUUACUAGAAUACUAAGCUCUAUUUGGAACUAAGUUUUUUUUUUGAGUAAACAGACAGAUAGGCCGUAAUGACAUCAUUUGCACUCUAUCUAGUAGAAUAAGAUUUAGGCCGCCCUGGGUAAAUAACUUAAAUAAGUUCUUUUGGAAAAAGAACUUAAAUCAUAAGUACUUUUAUU